AUGGAGUGUUCUGCUUUGGUCUGGUUAAAGGAGAGAAGGAAAUCCCGGAAGCUGGUACUACUAGUUGUGUUUUUUGCCUUGCUUGUAGACAAUAUGCUGCUGACAGUUGUGGUGCCAAUCAUUCCUUCCUUCCUCUUUGCCACCUACAAAAAUGCUAGCCGCUCUGUUCUUCAGACCACAGUUCCAAUGGUUCAUAUGAUUUUGACAGCUGCUCCACAUAACUCAGCAUUCUCUGACUACAACACUACAGCACCAGCCAUCUCAGAUGACAUUGCUAGCAGUGUGACAGUAAAUACAAAUGAGAACCAAGACAGAAAUGCAUCUCAUCUCCUCAUGAAUCCUUUGCCACUGAACAACAGUUGUGCAGAUGAGGCAGAGUACCUAUCAAAUGAGAACAUUCCCGUUGGAUUGCUUUUUGCCUCAAAGCCUUUGAUGCAGCUGAUUGCCAAUCCCUUUGUGGGACCUUUAACCAACAGGAUAGGAUAUGGCAUUCCCAUGUUUCUUGGAUUUGUCAUCAUGUUCCUCUCUACAAUCCUAUUUGCUUUCUCAAGUACCUACAUCUUGCUGUUCAUUGCUCGAGCAAUGCAAGGUAUUGGCUCUGCCUGUUCCUCUGUUGCAGGUCUGGGGAUGCUGGCAAGUGUGUACACGGAUGACUCUGAGAGGGGAAAUGCAAUGGGAAUAGCCUUAGGGGGGCUGGCUUUAGGGGUACUUGUUGGCGCUCCUUUUGGAAGUGUGAUGUAUGAGUUUGUGGGCAAAUCCUCUCCCUUUCUGAUCUUGGCAUUCUUAGCUCUAUUGAAUGGAGCUUUACAGCUUUGUAUUUUGCAUCCAUCAAAGAUUUCCCCUGAGAGUACCAGUGGAACUCCUCUUUUAACCUUGCUGUGGGAUCCCUACAUUUUGAUUGCAGCAGGUUCUAUCUGCUUUGCUAACAUGGGAGUUGCUAUUCUUGAAGCCACUUUGCCCAUUUGGAUGAUGGAAACCAUGUGUUCUUCAGAGUGGCAACUGGGUGUAGCUUUUCUUCCUGCUAGUGUAUCUUAUCUGAUUGGUACCAACCUAUUUGGGAUGCUAGCAAAAAAGAUGGGGCGGUGGCUCUGCUCACUGAUUGGGAUUAUGGUUGUGGGAAUAAGUCUCCUUUGUAUUCCACUUGCUCAAAAUAUCUAUGGACUUAUUGCCCCCAACAGUGGAGUUGGCUUUGCCCUUGGUAUGGUAGAUUCCUCAAUGAUGCCGAUCAUGGGAUACUUGGUGGAUCUUCGUCACACCUCUGUCUACGGCAGCAUCUACGCCAUUGCUGAUGCAGCCUUCUGUGUGGGCUUUGCUAUUGGUCCCUCUACAAGCGGAAUUCUCGUACAGACCAUUGGUUUUCCCUGGCUGAUGGUUGUCAUUGGGUGUAUCAACCUGGCAUAUGCACCUCUCUGCUGGUUCCUGUGCAGCCCCCCCGUCAAGGAGGAGAAGAUUGUAAUUUUGAGCCAGGAAUGCUCCAUGAAAACCAAAAGCUACAUAAUCCAGAAGGCUCUUCAGGAGUUUCCACUCACAGACAGCAGUGAGGAAGAAACUGAGAUUGAAGAAUAG